AUGAGUAGCGAAGAAGGUGAUUACGAUGAAGCUGCAAACUUAAAAGGUGUGGAAAAAAUAAAGAAAAAAGGAGGCCGUGGACGAAUAUUAUCAAAACUUCGGGAAGUUAGUCGACAUAUAAAGUCACGUAUUUCACGUGAUCGGUCAAUAUCAUCAUCAUCACAAUCAACAGAAUAUAAUGAAAACAGCAAAUCGAAGGACAUUAAAACUGAGCUAGCUGAAAGUGAAUUCACCGAAACACCGAUGCAAACCACGGAUGCAGUUUCGUCGGAUCAAGAGCUGGUAUCCGAAACAACCAAUUCAACGGAUAAUUCGCGUCACACUAUUGCAUUGCGUAAGAAACGAAGAGUUGCUGUUGUUCAACAAAUGACUGAGAUGGAAGAUGAGAAGGAAGAUGUUGAUGUGUUGCAGUCUUUCACUGUACGACUAUAUAUAUUUGAAGCCCGUGAACUUUAUGGAAAUAAUUUAAAUCCUUUGCUCCGCGUGAUCUUAGAUGGUCGUUGUCGUUCUAGUCUAUCACAACAUAAUACAAAUUCACCACGUUGGAAUGACUCUCUCUCUUUCACGGUCCAAAAGUCUCUUCAAGAUAUGAUGCGAACAUGUUUGGAAUUCAGAGUUUACAAUGCUCGACAACUUGCACGUGACACAUUGAUCGGAGGAUUUCAAUGCGAGCUAGGAUACAUUUACAAAUCAGAACGACACUUGCUUCAAGAAAAAUGGCUUGUUUUAAGAGCUGACUAUCAAGAGAUUGAAGCAACUGGAGAAACUGAUCAAAUUGCUUCUUCCGAUAUACGUGGCUUUCUGAAGGUAUCAAUAAAUGUACGUCGAAGCCUUGAUCCAACACCGGCACCAUCGUUACGCAGUAUGGUGACACAUGACGACGAGGACAUUUUGUUCUCCGGUUCAUUAAUGCAGUAUACCAUGCUGGUAAGAAUUUUUCAAUUGUGCCAAAUAGCUGAUCAUUUGCGAAUACACAACAAUGAUGUUGCGAAGCUCGCUGUCCAAGUACAGAUUGGAAAAGAACGUGAAAUGACACACGUUUUGCCAGCUCUUUAUGAAGUGGUUGAUUUUAACGAGGAAAUCAUGCUUCCCGUGGUUUGGCCAACCGUUGUUAAAUAUAUAUCAUUUCGUAUUAUCCUCGUUUAUCAGACAAAAAUUCGCAAAAAGAAUGCGGAGAAAAUACUGGCUACUGCCCACUUAAAUUUAUCUGAUAUCUGUCAAUCGGGAUAUGUGAAUGCAAUAGCAAACGGUCAAUCUACUUCUGAUAAUCAAGGUUUUCUGCCAGUAUUUGGUCCAUCGUAUAUAAGCUUUUAUGCUUCAACUGAACAAGAAAUAUCGAGAAAAGUAGAGAAAGCAAUACGAGAAGGAAGACGACCAGGCGACUGUUUUGUUGCUCGUGCGCUUAUUGAAGUGAUAUGUUUGGAGGAAAACUGUGGCCAAAUUUGUCGUGAUUUGGUAACUCCUGAUGUUGUGUUAUCGUUGAAACCACAACUACGUACAUCAGAAUAUGUAUUAUUGUCUACAUUUUUUGCUGUAAAUAUGAUUCAUCCUAAACUUAAAUCCAAAAAUGUGCGUUUUUCGUUGAGUAUAGGAGAAUACGGCAAUCGAGCUUACGGAAAGGUACCAAAAUGUACGGCACGUACACUUUCGGUUAUGCCAGCCUUUGCUGAGAGGUACUAUGCUAUGCCAUGGGGAAAUCACAAGCCUGUUUGUGAAAUCCCUUGUGCAUGGGAGGAUGUUUCGUUUCGAAUGAGACACUCCAAUGUUUUGCAGAAGAUAGCCAAGAUGCUGUUGCACUCUUCCAGUUUGGCAAAGUUGAAAUCUGAUGGUAAAAGAGAAGCUUCUUCAAUUAUUGUUGAUGCUAUUGAACAGGCUUGCGAUUAUUUUGCUAAAUUAAGCAAAUGCAUUGAACAAGACUGGGAAUCACCGUUAUCAUCAUCGCUUGAUCGACAUCGUCGUCUUGUUAUUAUCUCAUCCGUUGUCAAAAUGAUCGAAGAUUUUGCCACACUGAAAUAUGAUAAAAAAGACGUGUUUCAAAUCAAUGAAAUUGCUUUGAACGAUCUGCGGCAGACCGCUGAACUUUUAAUGAAAAUUUCAAAUGAGCCAGAGAUGUCAAUUCCGGAUGCAAUACUUUCAAUGUGCGAUGGCGACGAAUUACUUGCAUUCGCGCGAAUUCCUGUUAAUGAAGUUUAUUAUCACAACAAAGACUGCUAUCGGGGAAUGUUUUGUGGACGUCUGCGAGCAAUAAUACUAAAGUGGCCAAGCCAUGAUGAGAAGCGGGAAAAAAAGGAGCAAAUACCAGCCGUUGUUCAUCUUCGCCUGUGGUUUGGAAAAGUAACGGAUCGCAGCAAUUGGGAUAAAGCAAUUAAGCCUGGAGUAGUUCAAUAUUUUGCAGAAGUUUUCGAAAAUCAACGAAGGCAUAUAAGUGGUCAGUGGAUGGAAACUGACGGGAAAAAUGGUGAACCCUACGCUCGAUCGGAUGAAACGGGAAUUAUUCGGAUGUCUGAAAACGAUAUAAAAGUGUCUAACGGAUGGUCUUAUAAGGGAGCAUGGAAAAUAAUGUUCUGUCAUGAUAUGUGGGUUGGACCCGAUGCCGGUUAUUCACAAUAUGAGGAUGAAAUUUUUGAAGUGCAGGAAAAGCAAGAUGAUAUUUGGACUGAUUUGUAUUAUAUAGGUGCAUCUGGUAACCGUAUUGAUAAUGCUCGUGAUCGAAACGCUCCUCCAGGAUGGCGAUGGAUUGGUGAUUGGACGAUUGAUCUAUUUUGUGCAGGUGAUGCUGAAGGAUGGUCUUACUCUUCGAGUGCAGUUAAUUUUGCUAAUGACGACGCUGUUAUUGACUACAGAGAGAGAGAAGGACAUAAAUUUCGACGUCGACGUUGGUGGCGUAUGAGGACUCUCGGGACAGGCACAAAAGAUAUUUUUGAAAAUAUUGAUGCUUUACGAAGAAGUAUUGAUCCUGAAUUAUGGGAGUAUGCGAGUGAUUUCCGUGAACCAGUACAUGUGCAAAAGAUGCCUGAUGACAAGUACCGCCGUAGGCGAUAUGUCCGUGAAAUGGUAUUCUCGGCUAAUCUUAGCCAGAGAAGAAGACUGGCUCUUUAUUUGGCUGAAGAUGUUUCAGUUUCACCUCGAAUUUAUGAAGUUUAUGAUCAUGCAACACGUUGGCAAAUGCGUGCAUCAAUUUUAUGGGCCAGGGAUUUGCUACCGACAAAUCGUCUUGGGUCGAAAGCAUUUGUUAGAGUUAUAUUUCUUAAUCGAUGUCAAGAAACAGCAAUCGUUGAAAAUACUAUUGAUCCGAUCUGGAAUGAAACGCUUAUUUUCAAGCGAGUAAUAAUAUGUGGUGGGAUAGCAUCCGUCCGUAAAGAUCCGCCAGCAAUAGUAGUGGAAGUAAGUUCGGAAGAUUUUCAUUCUUCUGAAAUAUUUCUUGGACGUUUUAUGGCAACACCCUCAGUUAUAUCGCUUGCAACUGAUCAUCGUGGAACACCCAAUUGGUUUCCGCUAUCAUUCCGCAAGAAUAGGCAGAAAGGCGCUUUAUUAGCAUUAUUUGAAUUAUUUCUGUACGAGGGACAGGCAAUACACAUUACACCAUUGAAACCGCCACGUAAAAAACAAAGUACUCGUUAUUCAGUACCACGAGGUGUUUGUCCAAUUGUCAAAAACUAUACAGUGCAAAUUUUGUGUUGGGGUGUUCGGGAUUUACCUCGGUAUCAGUUGUCAUUUGUGCGUAAUCCAUUUGUGGAAAUUCGAAUUGGCGAUAAGACAGCCCGAAGUGACGUGAUCGAAGAUGCGAAACGUAAUCCAAACUUCAAACGACCACUAAUAAUUUUGAAUGAAGUCCAACUUCCUGUUCAUUUCUAUUACGCACCACCGUUAACUUUCAAUCUAUAUGAUAGGCGUUCAUUUGGACGUGAACCACACAUUGGAAUUUGCGUCGUUCAUGAUUUCGCUAAAUAUAUUAACAAGUUACCAGAGGGUAGAAAACGGGAUAUUUAUAGUUGGGAAAAGUAUGACGAAAUGCUGUCUUUCGAGGAAGCUUAUGAAAAAGGAGUGAGAAUGACGGAUUCUGAAGAAUGUUUCUUUGGUGAUUGCAUCAUUGACUGGUGGAGUAAAUACUAUAGUUCAAUUGGUGAAAGCGAAAAAGCUCCAGGAUAUUCCGAUUCUGGAAUAGAAACGUUACGAGUGUUUGCGUGCCCUCUUGAAGAUGUGAGUGAAUAUUGUGGGUUUUCUGACUUUCUUGACACAUUUAUCUUUCGGAAGAUGACCAAAGAAAAUAUCGAAAUACCAGAACUAAUGAUACCACGCGGUGAACUCAAAGCUCGAAUUUUCAUCAGAAGACAGAACAGAAUCUCAAAUGAAUGUUUUGCUCUGCCCAUCGUAGAAUUUGCUGGAGUGACCAAAUGCACUAUUCGUGUAUAUAUUGUGAGAGCUUUCGAUUUGGUCAGCAGACGGAAGGAUGGCACCUGCGAUGCUUACAUUAGUGUGAAAUGUGGAACAAAGAAAAAGAAAAAUUUACGAAAAGACUACCGGCCAGGUUCAUUGGAUCCCUUGUUUGGCCAAAUGAUUGAGAUGGAAGUAGAAAUACCAAUCGAUAAAAAACUUGUGGUAUCAGUCAUGGAUCGUCAGCGUGUUUUUUCUGAUAAUGAAAUCGGUCAUACUGUGAUUGACUUGGAAAAUCGUCUUUUGACACAGUUUCGAGCCACCGUUGGCUUACCGCAGCAGUAUAUAACACGGGGACCACUCGUUUGGCGUGACCAGCUUACGCCUCUUAACAUAUUAAAACGACAUUGUAUGAGGAUGAAUUAUCCCGCACCAGAACUGCUAAUGAAAGGAAAUGAUGUUGGGAUUAUGAUUGCUGGAGUGGCUGUGUGGCUUAGUGAUAUUGAAAGUGUUCCUCCAAAUCAUGCAGAGAUUUUAGGUCGACCGUUGCAACGAGUAGCGCUUUAUAUUUUGAUUAAGAUGAAUUUGGUACCAGAACAUGUGGAAACUCGACCACUCUACAAUGCCAUCAAUGCUGAUAGCGAAUGUGGUAAAUUGGAAAUGUUUGUCGAUUUGUUCCCACAUGCAAUGGGAUCAAUACCUCCACCCGUGAAUAUAUCACCUCGCAGGCCUCACAAAUUUCAGCUGCGUGUGGCGGUUUGGAGUGUUCGUAACGUAAUUCUUACCAAGAGAACAAUGGGAAAACCGGCAGCAGAUAUCUAUUUGAAGGUUUUUUUGAACGGAAGUGAGAAAAAAGAGAAGACCGAUGUUCAUUAUCGAAGUCUUGAUGGAUAUGGCUCAUUCAACUGGCGUUUCGUGUUCGAUUUUGAUUUUGAUAUUUGGGAGAAGAAAAUCGCGAUGUACACCAAAAAACAUCUCUUUGGCAAGAAAUCGUCAUUGUUGGUAGAUCCAAUACUGUUUGUUCAAAUCUGGGACAACAACAAAUUUCGGAAAGAUGGCUACAUCGGGCAACUUGCCCUAGACUUACUAUCUUUUGAUGAAGCACAAAUGGAUGCCGAUGAAAUGUACAAUGUUGAUUAUGCUUGCGAAAAUCGGAAUCGGUGUAAUUGUUGCGUAAAGCGCUGUUUUUGUCGUUGCAAUAGCAAAAGAAAAGAGAGAAAAAAGAAUAUCCCUUUACCACGAGCACCGCCGUACAUAUCAGGAAGAGUUGGUCAAUUUUCAUUAUUUCAACAGCGUACAACUUAUGGAUGGUGGCCCUGCGUCAGUAUUUCUCUACCUGAUGAGCAGAAAUUAGAUUUUGAUACAAAGAUGAAAAAAGAUGACGACUUCACUGCCCAAAAACCAUAUGUGACUGGCGCGGUAGAAUUGGAACUGACACUACUAACAUCCGAAGAAGCAAAACUUGACCCUGUGGGAAAGAAGCGUGGAAAACCAAAUCAUUCACCAUAUCUUCCGCACCCGAAUCGUCAUCGUUUGGAUCAGUUCUGGUGCCUUUCGAGAGCUAAAGCAUGUUGUUCCUUCUGUUGGACCAAUUGGGGUAAACAGUGUGUUGUCAUAGUUAUAGUUGUUUUGAUUAGCGUUAUUUUUAUUGUCUCAACUGUUUACAAGCUACCUGAUAUUAUAACCAUGAAAGUAUUUAAUAUUCAUAGUUAA